CAACGAGUCGCGAGCGGAGUAACUGGCUUUCCGUCUGCCACAAUUAUAAGUUUGUGAAAAAUGUCGCUGAUCUCCGCUCGUAUUGCUGGCUCUGUAGCCAGGCGCUUGCCUAAUGCUGCUACCCAGGUGUCAAAGGUGGCGGUGCCCGCAGUGGCCGUGGCAUCUCGCAAACUACAUGUCUCAACCACCCACAAAGCUGCCGAGAUCUCCACCAUCCUCGAAGAGAGGAUCCUUGGAGCCGCGCCCAAGGCUGAUCUAGAAGAGACUGGUCGUGUCUUGAGCAUUGGUGAUGGUAUCGCUCGUGUUUAUGGCUUGAAGAACAUCCAGGCUGAGGAGAUGGUGGAGUUCUCCUCAGGCCUCAAGGGAAUGGCCCUUAACUUGGAACCUGACAAUGUGGGUGUGGUAGUAUUUGGUAAUGACAAGCUUAUCAAGGAAGGAGAUAUUGUCAAGCGUACUGGUGCUAUCGUAGACGUUCCCGUCGGAGAGCAGAUCCUUGGGCGUGUAGUAGAUGCUUUGGGUAACCCUAUUGAUGGCAAGGGACCAAUCGACACGAAAUCCCGUAUGAGGGUCGGUAUUAAGGCGCCAGGUAUCAUUCCCCGGGUGUCUGUGCGUGAGCCUAUGCAGACUGGUAUCAAGGCUGUUGACUCUCUGGUACCAAUUGGCCGUGGUCAGCGUGAGUUGAUCAUUGGUGACCGUCAAACUGGUAAGACUGCCCUGGCCAUUGAUACGAUCAUCAACCAGCAGAGAUUCAACAAGGGUGAGGAUGAGAAGAAGAAGUUGUACUGCAUUUAUGUUGCCAUUGGACAGAAGAGGUCUACUGUAGCUCAAAUUGUGAAGAGAUUGACUGAUGCUGGUGCCAUCAACUACACAAUCAUCGUGUCUGCCACCGCUUCCGAUGCUGCUCCCCUGCAAUACCUGGCUCCUUACUCUGGUUGUGCCAUGGGUGAAUUUUUCCGUGAUAAUGGCAAACACGCCCUUAUUAUCUACGACGAUUUGUCCAAACAAGCCGUAGCCUACCGUCAGAUGUCUCUACUGCUGCGUCGUCCCCCCGGCCGUGAGGCUUAUCCUGGUGACGUGUUCUAUCUUCACUCCCGUCUGCUUGAGCGUGCCGCUAAGAUGUCUGACAAAAUGGGUGGUGGCUCCCUGACUGCUUUACCUGUCAUUGAAACCCAAGCCGGUGAUGUGUCAGCUUACAUUCCUACCAACGUGAUCUCCAUCACUGAUGGACAGAUCUUCUUGGAAACUGAGCUGUUCUACAAAGGUAUCCGACCAGCCAUCAACGUCGGUCUGUCUGUAUCGCGUGUCGGAUCUGCUGCUCAGACCAAGGCUAUGAAGCAGGUGGCCGGUUCCAUGAAGCUGGAAUUGGCUCAGUACCGUGAGGUCGCAGCUUUUGCCCAGUUCGGUUCUGACUUGGAUGCCGCUACACAGCAGCUGCUCAACAGAGGAAUGCGUCUUACUGAGCUCCUCAAGCAAGGACAAUAUGUGCCCAUGGCUAUUGAGGAACAGGUCGCCAUCAUUUACUGCGGUGUCCGCGGUCACCUCGACAAGCUGGACCCCUCCAAAAUCACUGCCUUCGAGAAGGAAUUCACUCAACACAUCAAAACUAGCCACCAGGGUCUUCUCUCCACGAUCGCCAAAGACGGUCAGAUCACCCCCGAGUCUGACGCCUCCUUGAAGAAGAUCGUCACAGACUUCCUAGCUACUUUCACCCAAUCGCAGUAAACUAGUUUACGUAACUUGACGUGUGACUGAUCUCAAAACUCGAGUUUGUAGAGCAGUCCCAUAUCAAAUUAAAAGCUUCGCCUGACGGAAGUACUGCUGUAAUGUCUACAGUACUUUCAUGAGACGAAUAGUAGUAUAGCAUUCAUAUGGGCUGUAUUGAAUGUUGAUACAAUCAUGGAAUGUAUUUAUCUCGUGUUGGAGCGGUUAUAUAACAGUAAUAAAUGUCUUACACACUA